AGGCUUUCUAGGAAUAAUAUAUAGUUUCAACAUGAAAUCAUGGCUUCCCUCAAAGUUCACCACCUUCCCAACAUUGAUGAUGAUGAUGGUGCUUUCAUUGUUAGUACUGCUUUUCUCCAAUCUCUGUUUCUCUGUUUUCAACAUGGCAGCAGCUUCAAAGAUUGAAUCCCAAGGGAGAGCUCUUCUUCAAUGGAAGACGGAGCUUGAAACACAAGAACUUCUUAACACCUGGACGUCAAAGACCAGUCCAUGCAACUGGACUGGAAUCACUUGCAGAUAUAAUGGCCAUCACAUGGCAACCAUCACCAGGGUCCAACUGGGAGGAUUGGGACUGGAAGGGAAGCUGGUGACUCUCAACUUCUCAGCUCUGCCAUCACUCAGAGUUCUCAAUCUCAGUCACAACCAUUUACAUGGUUCCAUCACUGCAGCCAUUUCAGCUCUCUCUAAGCUCACCAUCCUUGAUCUUGGCGACAACAGUCUCACAGGCAUCAUCCCAUCGGAGCUCGGUAAUAUGACAAGGCUCAAGACCUUGUGGCUCUCUGAGAAUCAGAUAAGUGGCUCCAUACCUCCUUUUGGAAAGCUUUUGAACCUGAUUUCGUUGGCCAUCUUCAGAAAUUUCAUAGUUGGUCCCAUCCCUCCAAUGUUUGGGAACUUGACCAAACUCAAUUUUUUAUACAUAUGGAAAAAUGACCUCACUGGCUCUAUUCCUUGUCCGAUUGGGAAUCUAGUGAAUUUGAGAGGCUUUGAUAUAUCUAGCAACCAAAUAACUGGUCCCAUCCCACAUAGCAUUGGAAACCUAACAAAACUGCAAACUUUUUACCUUAAUAGCAAUAGCAUAAAUGGCUCAAUUCCUUGUGAGGUUGGGAAUCUAGUGAACUUAAUAGGCUUUGAUAUAUCCGAAAAUCAAUUUACUGGUCCCAUCCCACAUAGCAUUGGAAACCUAACCAAGCUAGAAAUUUUUGACCUAAGUAGCAAUAAAAUAACUGGCAUCAUUACUCCAUCUCUUGGAAAUUUGAAGGGUCUUACUAAAUUAAAAUUAUUUAACAAUCAUCUCUUUGGUAAAGUGCCUAAUGAAUUUGAGAACCUUACAAACUUAAUCAUCCUCAACCUAUUCAACAACAGCCUUUCUGGUCAUCUACCACCAAAUUUGGCAAAAGGAGGUUUACUUCAACGUCUUGCUUUGGGAUACAAUAAUUUCCAAGGUCCUAUUCCAAUGAAUUUUAAAAAUUCGACAAAUUUAGUCAGAGUUCAACUUGAAAGAAAUCAAUUUACUGGAGAUAUUUCUCAAAGCUUUUGGUGUUCAUCCACACUUGGAUUAUAUUGAUCUAAGAUUUAACAGAUUG